AUGUUAAACAAUAAAAAUAGGCACAUGAACAUAAAAGAUACAUUCCCUCCUUUGAAGCGAACUCAAUUAAGUUACACCCCCCUGCUAUUUAGCAAGAUCCUUAUGCAACUAUUCAGAUAUCAGUUGUCGCCCAAAUCAUAUGGUGAUAAAUAUGUUCUGUAUAAAAUUGUAAUGCUCAUCACAGGUAGAAUUGUUAGGUGUGCAGAAAAAUUUAUGGGUAAAAUUUUAAACGAAAUAAUCUAUUAUAAUUAUGAAAAAUACAAUAUACAAAUUAUUGCCAAUGCAACAACUAGAAAUAUAAAUUACAUAAAUGUCAUUUUCGCUUAUUUGCAAAUUUUACGUAAUGUACUUUUUAGAAAAUAUAAAAUCUCAAUGAAGAAUGGAGAGCUGAAAAAGAAAAUUUACAAAGACAAAUUCGUCACGUGUGAGUUUCCUUAUAUAAUCACAUUUUUAAAACGUUCCAUAAUAAAAUUUUUUUAUGAGUAUAUAAGAAAUGAGAAAGCGAAGGAUAAGAAUAAUCACAGACAUAACUUAAAUCCUAUUUUGAAUACACAAAAAAUGAAAAUUUUAAGUUCCCAAAGAUUAACAUGUUUCAGAUGUUUAUUUGAUGCUAUCAAAACUAGAAUAAGGGUUUCCAAUUUUUUAAGAAGACUAUACUGA